UCAGAAUUCACUGUAUAUAACAUAACCCUACUACAACCUACCUCAGUAGAAUAUAUAUAACAUUACCCUCCACACACGUGCACAGACACACACACCUCUUGUCUUUAACAGUGUUCUUUUUCUUUUCCUGAUGCAGGGGAGGAGCCACAGGAGGGAGAGGAGGAGCAUGCAGAUGAAGGGGAGGGGGCAGAGGAGGGAGAAGAGGAGGCCAAACCUAAAUUCAAGCCGUUCAUAAUGCCCAACCUCAUCCCACCUAAGAUCCCAGAUGGAGAGAAGGUAGAUUUUGAUGACAUCCACAGAAAGCGCAUGGAGAAGGAUCUGAAUGAGCUGCAGACACUGAUCGAGGUUCACUUUGAAAGCAGGAAGAAGGAGGAGGAGGAGCUUAUCAACCUCACAGACAGGAUUGAGAAGCGACGUUCUGAACGAUCAGAGCAGCAAAGGAUCCGCAGCGAACGAGAGAAAGAACGACAGAAGAGGUUGGAGGACGAGAGGACUCGUAAAGAGGAGGAGGAGGCAAAGAGGAAAGCAGAUGAUGAUGCUAAGAAGAAGAAGACGUUGACCAGCUUACACUUUGGAGGCUACAUGCAGAAGAUGGAGGUCAGAGGGAAGAGACAGACAGAAAGAGAGAAGAAGAAGAAGAUUCUACAGGACAGACGAAAGUCUUUGGACAUCGAGAACAUGAGCCAGGACAAACUGAAAGACAAGGCCCAGGAGCUGUGGCUGUGGCAGCAGCAGCUGGAGGCUGAGAAGUUUGAUCUGCAGUAUCAGAUUAGCAGACAGAAGUAUGACAUCAACGUCCUCCGCAACAGAGUGUCAGACCACCAGAAGACCACCAAGAGAACCAAGAGAGGCCUGAGGAAGUAGAGAGAUAUUGAAGAGGCACUGAAGAGGGACUGAAGAUGGACUGAAGUAGACUGAAGAUGCACUGAAGUAGUCUGAAGAGGGACUGAAGUAGACUGGUUGAGGGACUGAAGUAGACUGGCUGAGGGACUGAAGUAGACUGGCUGAGGGACUGAAGUAGACUGGUUGAGGGACUGAAUUAGCCUGGCUGAGGGACUGAAUUAGCCUGGCUGAGGGACUGAAGUAGACUGGCUGAGGGACUGAAGUAGACUGGCUGAGGGACUGAAGUAGACUGGCUGAGGGACUGAAGUAGACUGAAGAGGGACUGAAGUAGACUGAAGGUGGACUGAAGUAGACUGGCUGAGGAGAUCAGCUGUCUGGCCUUUCUGUCUAUUGUCUGAUCUUUCUCCUUCCUACAUCUCUCUCUCCUUCCUUCCUACAUCUCUCUCUCCUUCCUACAUCUCUCUCUCCUUCCUACA